CCCCCCGCCCCCCCCCGCCCUAUGCGUCAUGGUUCGUGCCGCGCAUAAAAGGCACCCAGGCCCAGGGCGCGCUUGGUGCUGAGAACGCGAUUUCGCGCGUGUGCUGGUCUGUGCGUGCCGCCUUGCCCACGCAGCUUUCAGUCAUGGCCUCUGGCAAGGCGCACAUCGGAAAGCCCGCCCCGCCCUUCCAGGCCACCGCCGUGGUGGACGGCGCCUUCAAGGAGGUGAAGCUUUGCGACUACAAAGGGAAAUACUUGGUCCUCUUUUUCUACCCGCUGGACUUCACCUUUGUCUGCCCCACGGAGAUCAUCGCUUUCAGCGAGCGUGCCGAGGACUUCCGCAAGCUGGGCUGUGAGGUGCUGGGGGUCUCUGUCGACUCUCAGUUCACCCACCUGGCUUGGAUCAACACUCCCAGGAAGGAGGGAGGCCUGGGCCCCCUGAACAUCCCCUUGCUGGCCGAUAUAACCAGAAGUUUGUCCGAAGAUUAUGGUGUGCUGAAGAAAGAUGAGGGCAUUGCCUACAGGGGCCUCUUUAUCAUCGAUGGCAAGGGUGUCCUUCGCCAGAUCACUGUCAAUGAUUUGCCUGUGGGGCGCUCUGUGGACGAAGUUCUGCGGCUGGUGCAGGCCUUCCAGUACACGGAUGAGCAUGGGGAAGUCUGUCCUGCUGGCUGGAAGCCAGGCAGUGACACAAUCAAGCCUAACGUGGACGACAGCAAGGAAUACUUCUCCAAACACAACUAGACUGCAGAUAGGUGGGAAGCUUGGGCUGUUGGCCUCCACCUCCACCUCUACCUGGAUACCCCAUGGUGACCCAGGAAAGGCCAGACUUGCCCCUUUAAACUCCAUAGUCUGUGAACCUGGAGGGCUUGGCCAAGUCCUUCUCAUUCUCCCAGCUGGGAGCUGGUAAAUGGUGAGCCCCUCCCUGGACCCAUCUAGUUGGGCACAGGCCUAGAGGUGACCAAUAAAGUAUUAGGACAGACAUGA